AGUGAGGAGGGGAGUUUCGGGCAGCCGCCGGAGCCCAGCCCCGCUCCUGUCACGGGGGCAGCUGCUGUGCCGCAGCCCCGCCUCCUGGUCUCUGCCCCGCGAGCCCCCGCUCCCCGGCGCGGGGGAAUUCCCGGCUCCCCCUUCCCGCCCCCCUCCUCUCUGGCCCAGCCGCGGGCGGAGUUCCCCAGCCCGUGGCUCGGUCCGCCCCCCGCGCGCUUCUCGCUAUAUAGCCACAGCACCGAGCUCCUCCGGCAGCGGUGGAGCAGAGUCACCCGCGGCAGGAGCGAGCGCCAGAGCCCCGCGAGCCAGUCCGGGACUGCAGGACAGAGUGCAAAGGUAAUUCCCAUCCUGGAAUUGCUCUACUUGGAGAGCCCAUCUCACCCCAGAACAUCUCCUAUCUUGUGGAAUCCCACCAUAUACCUAGGAAGUGAUCCCUUCAUCCCCUGCAAUGGCUAUCAGGGCAACUUAAAAAAAGAAGAUGAUAAAAAUGAUGCCCUUUUUCAACAGCAGUCCUUUUGGGAUGGAUAAGAUUUCUAAGGACUGCGUCACUGGAGUAAAGCCGCCUGGAAAACCUUCCACAUCAUCAGAAUCCGAACCAGAUAUUGUGUCUAUUGAAUCAGCUGUGGAAGAGACCCAGCCAAAAGAUCAGAUGAAAACUGAAAGCCAAGGACAAGAUUCUGCUCUCAGAGACUCACAUGAACCUUCCACUGAAGCCAAUGAGAGCUGUCCUCAUUCAUCUGAGUGCAGAGAUAGUCCCAAAAAGAAAAAGAAGGGAAUAAAGGGAAAACUAAAAGAUGCCUUUUCCAAUUUUUUGGGUGGUCAGAAGAUAGAGAAUCUAAUAGAAAACGAUGGAGCAUUGACAGCUGAACAAAUCAGAGAGCACUUUGAAAGUGACCAAUUCUUCGAUGCCACUCAACAGCUGAUUGCUCUGGAGUGGGCCCUCUACAGCAACUUAGGUGGCAAGAGUGAAGAGGAAUUGUCAAGGGAGCAAAGCAAAGUGGAAUCACUCUAUGAACUACUGAGGUGUAAAGUCUUCAGCAUCAUAAAGAAUUCGAUAAUCCUAGCACCAGCUAAUCCAAAGUUACUACGGCAUGCCGUGUACGCAAUAGAAGAGCAGGAGGUGGAGGAUGAGAAAUACAAGUCAGAGAAGCCACCUGACAAGAUCGUGAGUUACAGACCCAGAAAAUGGAGGGAGGUUUGGAUGGACACAGUGAAGCAGUCUGUAGCUGAUCGUAUGAAAGACAUCCAGCGCACUAGCUCUGCUGAGAACCUGUCUACAACUGCUCAUUGCCUCCUGCACAUGGGAAGGACAAUGAAAGAGGAUAUGAUUACAGUGGUGGAAUGCAUUAAACUACAUUACCAUCCGCAGUUUAACGUGUGCAGCACAUAUGCAGAAUGUUACCACAGCUAUUUCUCUUCUCAGCUGCAGCAGAUUGCUGACUUUGAACUGGGAGAUAAGGACACAUAUCUCCUCCUCACUUGGGUGCAGAACCUUUAUCCAAAUGACAUAAGAAAAAAUUCCAUUUUAGUGAAAGAGUUGGAUGAAGCCAAACUGGGGAGCCUUUUGCCACCCAAAAUGAUCAAACAGCUUGAAGCUAAAUACCUGUAUAAUGAAGCGGCUUCUGUCAAGAACUGGCUGGCCAAGAGUUUAGAAAUGGAAAUAAAGAGGUGGACACAAGAGAAAGAACCAGAAAAACUGGAUGGACGUUUUCAUAGUGAAUUAGCCAUAGAUGUCAUCCAGACUAUUCACGGAGGACAAAAGCGAGCUGCAGAAAUUACAUCUGAACUGGGCAAUCAACUGUCCAUCGUACUGUUGGUGGAGCUGUCAACAUUUUUGAAAAGCUACAAGAAAGCCUUAGAAGAAUUUAAAGAGAAAAACAAGCAGCACGGCUAUUUCAAGGCUAUGAUAAUUGCAAAUAUUAACAACUGCAUGAAUUUUAGAGACCACACGGAGAAAACUACAACAUCAGCACAAGACAGCACAAGAUUAAAAAUACUUGCUACACUUAGUGAAAUAGAGAACAGUGGCUAUGAUGAACUGCUUCAAGAUUUGUUUCUGGAGUUAAAGCCUAUUUUUAGAAAGUUCACACAAAGUAAAUGGCUUUCGUGCAGUGAAACGAUGGAUGAAAUCAUUCAGGCCACCAGCAACCACCUUUCAGGAUUCAGGACUCUCCUCGACCCCUUUUACCAGGGCAUUAUGGAGAAGAUUCAUGGUCACUUGGUGAGAGAAUACAUUGUGAGGCUAAUGAAGAAGAAAGUAAGCUUGAAAACCCCAGAACUACAGCAAAACUUGUCAAAACUCAUUUCAGCUCAUGCCUCCCACUUGCAGAGCUUCUGCAAAGAGAAGGGGUCUAAGGCCACAUGGUUGGAUUUUGCACUCCCAAAACUGGCUGAAAUAAUCAUACUUCAGGAUUCAAGUGCCAUUAAAAUAGAAGUUGCUAUACUUGCUAAUACAUACCCGGAUAUCAGCAAAAAGCACCUUGCUGCCAUCUUGUACAUCAAGGGAAACUUGCCGAACAGUGAAGUAAGAAGUAUCCUGAGCAUCCUGGAUAUCAGCACAAAGUCCACCACUUCCUGUGAAUCACUGUUCUCAACUAUAAGGAUUUCCUAGACUUGAUCCCAGGACUCAUAAUCUAUGGGACUAUUUGCUAAGCUAGUAAAAGUCACAGCAUGGGGCCAGAUUCAGCAGGCCUCAUGCAUGGGCCGUACAGCUAACCAGUGCAUCAGUAUUUCUCUACUGAAGUCCUGUUUUGUCAUUGUAAGAUUGACACCCCUGUGGGAAGAGAUUUGCUCUGUGUUUAGCUACGAAGGGAUGGAAUCUGAUCGAGGGGUUGUGGCGUAGUUCUCUGAACAGCAAACAGAGCUCUCAAAUCAGAUACUGACUCCCUCCGAGGUCUCAGGCAUAUCCCACUAUGCCUCAGUUUCCCCCUGGGUACAGUAGUACUCCACUUACUUCCCAGGAACAUUGCAAGUAUUACCUAGCUAACUAAUUAUUUAGAUAAGAUCUAUAAAGCAUGGCUUGUCCUCUGUGGAGGAAGAGGCUCCUUACAUUUCAUUUUUUUCUUCCAAAAGCUUAGCAAAGUGAUUGGGAAAAAAAUAAUUUCAGAGCAUGCUCAGUAGACAUCUGCUAGGUUUUCUUUUUAAUCAGAGGCUACGAAGCUGCCUUUUCUAUUAGAUCAGUAAGAUGUGGUGAAGGGAUCAAGAAGGAACAAAGUCUGUCCUCAGGCUAGCUUGCAGGAACAGUUUGGAUAAGGAAAGUUUUAAAGGGUCUCAUUGAAGGUUAUGACUGCAUGUGUUUCAAAAAGUGAAAUUGCCUUAUCAUGGACAAGAGAAAAGUCACAGCACAGAAAGCUGCCAAUCUUGGGACUUCAGGAGCUUUCUGCAUUUUGUAAAAUGCAAAUUUUAAUCUUUUAAAAAUUUAGGUUUCUGCACCUUCCUUUUGUGAGGCUACAGUCAGCACAGUGUAAACUGAUGGGAUGCUUCCCAGCUAAGCAAGCUGGGAAGAAAGCAUUCCCUAGCUACACCAUAGCAGUCAGCCAAAGGUGGGACUUUACGACUCCUAUACCCCAUUCACCUCCAUGAGGUAUGAAUUUCUAAGCCUGCUUGGCAAAUUAGCAUCCAGUCCUGUAAGUGCUUUGCACGCAGAGCUGCUAUCAGAGUUCUGUGUAGGAGUGGGAUUUUAAGUGCUCACAUUUCUGACUUUCUCCUGUUUAUAUUCAGUAGUUUCCAAUGCUAUAGAUUAAGAUUCUAUAGGUAAUUAUACAUUGUAAUAGCUGUUGUAGCCUAAAGCCCCAAUUCAGCAAAGCACUUACCUUGCUUACAUCCACAACAUUCAGCAUGCAUGCAUUUCAGUUCUGUUGCUUUCAAUGGGAUUUGAAUGUGUGCUUUAAGUGUUCGGGGGCCUAACUGCAUAAAUGCAAUACACAUUUUGUGUUAUUUUAUAUAAAAUCUCUCUCUCUCUCUCUCUCUCUCUCUCUCUCUCUCUCUCUCAGUUGCCCUCUAUCCUGCAGUUGUUGGUCUAGACUAGAGCUGGAAAUACUAAUCUUGGGUAUGUUUUGAAAGCAAGUUUGUUUUCAAGACAAUCUUUUAGCCAGAGAAUUACCAAAAUAUCCAAUUUGUUGAAUCCAAGACCUUUACCCUCUGUAUCAAACUGCAGCAAGCUCAUCUGCAAGGAGGAUGAAUGACUAUGGAAACUGUGAAAUGGUAGUUGCAGAUAAAGCAUACUGGCAUUAACAUCCCUAUAAAACCACCUUUAAAUGUGACCACAACUUGUGUAUACUGCAUGUAAGCUUCUGCUUUCUAACCCUGAGGUUGUAUUUCCACAGGUGCUUGUAGGUCAUUGGUGUAUUUUAGAAUCCAAUUUUAUUUUCUCUAAUUAGUUAUCUUUGUAUGCAAUAUUUAUAUUUAAACAAUUUUAAAAUUAUGCUGGAAAUGUA